AUGCAUGCAGUGGUAGCAGUUUCGCGCUGCAGCAGCGAGCAGCAGCAGCAGCAGCAGCAGCAGCAGCAGCAGACGUUUUGCUCUUUACUUUCGUCCGCGGCACCACUGGGAUACCAGCAGCAACAGCAACAGCAGCAGCAGCAGUUGCUGCUGCAGCAGCAGCUGCUGCAGCAACUCGUUUAUUUCAAAAACAUGCAGCAGCAGAUGCGAAUCAAGAGAGCGUGGCAGCAGCACUAUCUGCUGCUGCUGCAGCUGCUGCUGCAGGCAGCACCUCAGGCUAUUGGGGGAGCAACUGCAGCACAGCUUUCAACCCUUAUGCAUGACGCAUCUCUUCUUGUAUCUGAAUGCAGCAGCCAGCUGCAGCAGCUGCAGCAGCUACCUCGCCACCAGCAGCAGCAGCAGCAGCAGCAGCAGCAGCAGCGUGGGUUGCUGCUAGAGCUGCGGCAGCAGGUGUACGUGCUGCUGCAGGUGGCCCUCAGGGGGGCUGUGGUGCAGGCGGAGACCCUCUCUAUAAGGGACGUGUCUUUGCUGCUGUCUUCGCUCGCGCGGCUCUGCGAUACACCUGAAGCAGCAGCAGCAGCAGCAGCAGCAGCAGCAGCAACAGCAGCAGCAGCAGCAGCAGCAGCAGAGGGAGCAGAAAAUGCAGCAGCAGCAACUGCUGCUGCGAGAGAGACGGAUGGAGGCAGCAACAGCAGUUUGCUUCCUCAUGAGGCGGGUGCACACAAAGAUGCAGCAGCAGCAGCAGCACCAGCAGCAUCUGCUGCUGCUGCUGCUGCUGUUGCUGCUGCAGGUCCUGCUGCUCCCUCUGCUGCUGCUGCUUUUCGUGCUGCUGCAGCUGCUGCGCUACCUGAGCUGUAUGUACACCUCAACCGCGUGCUGCUGCACUGCAGCAGCAAAGAUGCUGCUGCUCUGUUGGGGGCUUUUCCUCGUCUAUGGCCUUUAGAGAGCCUGCUGAGGCAGCAGCAGCAGCAGCAGCAGCAGCAGCAGCAGAAGCAGCAGCAGCAGCAGCAAGUUGCUGCUGCUGCUAACCUGCUACGUGUAUCGAGCAGGUUUGUUGCUGCUUGGGACCUGAAGCAGCUUGCUGCUGCAGCAGCAGACAUACACCGCAUCUGCUGCUGCGCCCCGCAGCCACUGCAUGCACCCUCGCAGCUGCUGCUGCAGCAGAUUGCGCAGCAGCUGACCCUACAUUUUGCUCGCUGCCUGCAGCAGCAGCAGCAGCAGCAGCAGCAGCAAGAGGAGCAGCAGCAGCAGCAGCAGCAGCAGCAGCAGCAAGAGGAGACAGAUGCUGCUGCAGCAAACCGCCUAUUGAUAGAGGCGGUGGAGACAAGGCACGUACCCCGCUGGAAACCCUCGCACUUCGGCUGGACUGCACAGCAACUGGUGUCUCUUUGGGUGUCUCUGCUGUCUCUGCUGCCGCCCAGCAGCAACACCAAUGGUCUCCUUUUGCUGCUGGAGUGUAUCCUUGUCUCUGUAUUGGGUCCCUCUGAUCCUCAUCAGCAGCAGCAGCUGCUGCUCCUGCUGCAGCAGCAGCAGCUGCAGCAGCAGCAGCAGCAGCAGCUGCAGCAGCUGCUGCAGCAACUCAGGGCCUUGCCCCCUAUUGACGACCCCACCCUCAGCGGCAGCUGCAUCGUUCGGGCUCUUGCUGCUCUUGCUGGGGGAGGUUUGCUGCCUCGUGGCCUUGCUGCUGCUGCUGCUGCUGCUGCUGCUGCACCAGCUGCUGCUGCUGCUGCUGCUGGUUCGUCUGCUGCUGCUGGCUUGCCGCUGCUGCCGCUGCUGCUUGUGCGCUGCGAGCAGCAACUGUCUCUUCUCAGCAGCAAAGACAUCUUCACUCUGUGUCGAGCCCUGCUGCGGCUGUCUCCUUCUCUGUCUCCUCCGUCCCCCUGCAGCAACCACAGCAGCAGCAGCAGCAGCAGCAGCAGCAUAAAGGCAUUGGAGAGAGGCGCGAGGACUGCCCUGCUGUCUUCCUUGUCUUCUGUCCUGCUGCAGCAGCUGCAGCAGCAGCAGCAGCAGCAGCAGCAAAUAGCAGCACCAUCGCAGUUUCUGCUGCUGCUCGAUUGCUUCGCCCCUGCGGUGUCUGGGGAGCUGCUGUCUCCAUCGGAGCAGCAGCAGCAGCAACAGCAGCAAGUGCUGCUGCUGCAGCAGCUGAUGAAAGGCUUCUACACUCGCUGUCAUUCUUAUAGUGUCCAGGAGAUCACACGCUGCAUGCACUGUCUCCUUGAUCAUCCGCAUGCAGCUGCAGCAGCAGCAGCAGCAGCAGCAGCAGCAGUAGGAUGCGGAGAGGCGUCUCCUGUUGCUGCUGCUGCUGAUUCUGGUUAUGCUUCGGAGCCUGCUGCUGCUGCUGCUGCUGCUACUGCUGCUGAUGAAGGGCAUCAAGGAGACCCCCCACCUGCAGCAGCAGCAGCAGCAGCAGCAGCAACAGCAGCAGCAGCAGCAGCAAACGGAGCAGCACUGCUGCUGCGUCAGCUGUCUUAUCAUCUUCGAUGGAAGCUGCAGUGCUGCU